AUGAGUUCAAUCCAGUCGCUUGGCCUCCAUGAGCCCUCCGCUCUACCCUCCCUAGUCGCCGCUUCGAUCCUUCCCUCUGAACCUCCCUCUUCACUGUAUAAAUGGACACUCUCGCGCGUAUACGACAAAAAUACUUCGAGUUUCGUGGAGGAAGAGAUUCUGACCACAGAACACUGCGUGGUGUGGUCCAGGAACGGCGCAAUUGAAAGAGCACUAAACCUCAGUGUCGAAGGAGAGACUAUCCUCCAUGCUUUUGUCACUCGGUUUAGCCAGCCUGAGGAUUACGAAAAGAGCAGUCAACAGCAGCAUGCAGCCGAGCAGUUAUCGGAGCGUGGUCUGGUGGUGGUGUUCAAGACUCAGGUUCACAUAUUCCUUCUCUCGGGCGACAGCUAUGUUUUCCCUCUGUCAUUUGAGGUCGAGUCUGCGUUUCCUUACCCAUUAGGGUUUAUUCUACAGCGGAAACUAGGGGAUAGGGAAUCUGGUGGCUACGUUGAACAAGUCCAUCAUGAUCUCAGCACCAUCAACGAGACUCUGACUUCUAUCGGUGGCAACAGCUCGAGGCCGUCACUGAUCUUGCCAAAAAAGCGAUACUCAGACCCUAGAAUGAUAUCUUCCAGCGCCAAUGGCAUGCCCAGGACUUUUUCAUUGACUGAAAUCAUGUCAGACUUAGGGCUCGUGGUAUGGAGCCCCAACCGGAAAGGCGAAGCUCUUGAAGAUUGCAAUGCUCUUCCUCGCACAGAGAAGUUGAUCUUUAUGACUGCUGGAAACGAACCCGGCUUUGAGAGCACUAGCGAUCGGCCUGUCUGCAUGGCUUUGACUUUGAACGAAAGCAAUGCUACCUUCACACUCUGGCACGUAAGUGGGGAUGUUGUAACUGAGCAACAACAGCCACGAAGUAAGAAGGAAGGCGACACAAAAACUCGCGCGUCUCUAAGGCAGAGUUCAAACGUCUAUGGCCGAGAUCCUGGCACACUCAGGGAAAGCCUUCUAGGCUCCCGUCCACCACAUCCUGAGGGUGGGCCAUUCUCGUCUCUAGAGGAGCAGAAAUCGUUCCCGACAAAUGACCUGGCUUCUCAACUAGGUCCCGAGUUUGGCGACGUCGGAGUGCAGACCCGGUCAGCCCGCAGAGUCAGUUCGAUGCUGGCACGCACAGAUUUGGGUUCAGCAGCGGAUCGAAAUACCUUCAACGACCUAGCAAUGGGCCAUGCGGGCCGACAGAGUCUGAAUAGGGCAGGCAGGCGAGGCGAAUCAAUCGGCAGUUUCAACGAUCGACAGAGCUUUGGUUUUCGACGAAGAAGUUCUUUCCCAACAAACGCAUCUAUUUUCAGCAAUGGCACCUCGUUCCUGGACAUUUCAGCUCGGGGACUGCUAGAAGAAUUUGACCCCUUACGGCAAUCCACGCGUAUCGAAGACGAUACCUUUGACGGGCCAGAAUCUAAUUUACCCAGGAGUGUCGGAUUUUUCAAAGUCAAAAGCUUUCCGAGACGGCAGUCAUCUUCCCAGCCCACUUCAGCGUUCGAAAUCAAGGUUUUGCAGCUGAGCACCGGCAGCUUCUCCGACCAAGAUGGUAGGCGAACAAGGGACGUCUACCUUUGCGUAAUGGACAAGAGCGCCCAGGAGAUGACCAUAGUCAGGGUUCUGGUGAAAAGACACAUCCAUGGCAAUACAAGAAAAUCGACCAGUUCCAAGCAUUCGUUUGAGCUCAAGGUUGUGGAAAUUCGCAGACUGUCGGGCAUAAAGGACGCUUGCACGGUCGUGGAUAGAUCUAUUCAGCGAUUAGUCGUUCUACCAGAGUCCCGAUCACAAACUAUUGGUCUGCAGCUCGAAUCGCCGUGGUCUCCGUCCUUCCAGAGCGGAUUCCCUGUUCGAUACGCAAUCUACGAUCCGUUUCUGACUUCUCAGUCCUUCAGCCCGAGAAAAGACAAAGACACAGGAAUCAGGAGGGUUAUACCAGGUAAAGAUGUCCAAAUUCAAGCAUUGCUCGAUUCGGGAAUUCAAGCACAGAUCUACGCGAUUGAUCAAGAUAAGCGCCGACAUGCGCUGGGAAUCCGGCUUGCCCCUCGAGAUCCUCUCGUGCAAAAGGUUCUCAAAAUGUGUGACAUGGUGCUGGGUCCGAAUCAGCAGGAAAGCCUCCUCGUUGCAUUUUGGGAGGUUUCGAGAUGGCUGAAAGCCAGAGAACCACCAGUGACUUCGGAAUGGACCGCCCUGCUGGUAGUGCUCUUCUCGCUCGCGGUGCCUUUCAUCAGCAGUCAACAUCCACAGUCCACGCCCACACGCCGUCGAACCAAAACGGCUCUUCUUCGCUCCAGCAGUGGAAGUGCCAUUGACCUUACGAAUUACGACCUCAUGCAUCAUGCAGAUGACGAAAUACCCCAGACAUUCGGAAUGCAAGGGCCCGCUUGGGAGUGGGUUUCGCAGAAGCCCCUUGGUCCAACAACGGUCACCCCAAAAUCAAAGCACUCUCGAACGCCGAGCACGGCAUCUUUUCAUGAAAGUACUCUCGAUAAGAAGAACGCUUUUCUGGUUACAUGUAUAGCAAUGGCAAGAGAGUAUACUCAGACUCCCAUCGGGGAAAGUGCCCUUGGUCCGGAGGGAUAUUUGCCAACUUCGAUCAAUAAGGAGCGAGAGCAACGAUGCAACGCCAUACCCAGCAUUUUACUCGGUCUGCAUCUCCUCUACGAGGAAGACAAACUCGAUACGAUGUCAAAUCCCGGUCGGAAGGAUGCAAGAAACAGUCUGUUGAUUGUUCUUGUUCAGCUGGGUCGUUGGCUCGGAUGGAGAGACUGGAUGUCUGGGGACAAGACCUACUAUGGACACGAAUCGGCCGAAGUCACUGACUACUUGUAUGACGAGUCAUUGCUUGAUGGUCUACGAAUUCCUGUCCAACCAUUUCCGCCGCCGUCAAUCUACGAACAUUUUGAGAGGUGGAUCACUGGAAUCUCACCUGCUCCAUUCUUGACGUUGCCGCGUUUAUGUGGCUCGCCGGAUCUGCGCAAUCAUGACCAUCCAUUAUGGUGGCAAGCGGCAGGUUUGACGCCUCGAACGUUGGCUCUUCUUUCCUUUAUGGAUCAAGCAAAGGAUCAACUCAGCCCCCACAAGACAAUCGCACUUCUGCUUAGGUCAGGGAUAAACGAGCGCAUUUUGAGUACUCUUCCUGACGGAGUAGCUGCUGCUUUUCAUCAAACAAUUGCAUCGAACCGAUACAGGGCAGACAAAAUUGGGAACCAAGUGAAUCAGCUUAUCCUAGGACGAGAUGUGGCGAUCCAACGAGGUGACGACCUCUCUUACCACUCAUACAAGUCACAGUUGUUACCAUCAUCACACGAAGCUCUGAAGGACUAUCACACCGUCUGCUUAUCUGCGGUUGAGGCGGAAACUCUUCAAAGAUGGGACGCAUCCUCCGAGGCCGACCGACAUGUUAUUAGCAAGUUGAUAUUCAAUGAGGACCGUCGCUUUUUGGAAGCUUCCAAACUUGUCAAUCAGACAAGGCCACCGGUGGUUGAGUGCACACCCGAGCUGGGCUGGAGUGACGUGGACUUGUUAGAGGCGCAAAAAGAACUCGCCCAACACGUCACCCGCCGGACAUUGUCUGUCGCUGCAGGACGAGGGAUGAUGCAUUUUAAUGCUCGUGUCCCCUUGCUCACCGAAAGGGUGCCCAUACCUGCUUUCAGUCUGCAAUGUAUCAUGAAACCUCGUAACGCCAGUGAGGGUGCCCAAGCCAUAACUUUCAGCGCCGAUAAAGCCAUCUUUACGGAAGAGAAGGUGUGUUGGGCAUUCUUCCACAACGGCGCUUCAAUGGGUCUCAUGAUCUCGAACGAUGCCAAAGGGAUUAACACCUCAUGGAUCCUGUACAACAAACCGCCCGAGUUGACAAACCGCCACGCUGGAUUUUUGCUUGCUCUGGGUCUCAAUGGACACCUCAAAACACUGGCCAAAUGGGUUGCAUUCAAGUACCUCACGCCUAAGCACACAAUGACAUCUGUUGGACUCUUGCUCGGACUGUCAGCGUCUUUUCUAGGAACCAUGGACACAUUAAUAACGCGCCUGCUUUCCGUCCACGUCACGCGUCUGCUGCCGUCCGGUGCAGCGGAACUCAAUCUGUCUCCAUUGACACAAACCACUGGAAUUAUGGGAAUUGGACUCUUGUAUUACAAUUCUCAACACCGCCGCAUGUCUGAAGUAAUGCUAUCUGAGAUUGAAAAUGAUGAUCCGGAAGAGGGUGUUGCAUUUGAAAACGUCCUUCGCGAUGAGGGCUACCGACUUGCAGCCGGAUUCUCUCUAGGCCUCAUCAAUCUUGGUCAGGGCAAACGCCUUCACGGUCUUCAUGAUAUGGGCGUUGUUGAACGUCUUCUCACUAUCGCCGUGGGCACGAAGAAUGUGAAUAUGGUGCAUGUCCUCGACCGUGCGACUGCGGGGGCUGUUAUGGCCAUUGCUUUCAUUUUUAUGAAAACGAACGAUGCGGCGAUUGCGAAGAACGUCGACAUUCCAGAUACCUUGCAUCAAUUCGACUAUGUACGACCAGAUAUUUUCCUUCUCCGAACACUUGCUCGCCAUCUGAUCAUGUGGGAUGCGAUUCAGCCCACGAAUGAUUUCAUUCAGACAUCCCUCCCCGAGCCGUACAGGUCGAGAACUGAUUUGAAGGCUACGAAAUUUCUCAGCACUGAAGACAUGCCAUUCUUCAAUAUUGUUGCCGGUAUCUGCUUCGCUAUCGGGCUGAGGUUCGCAGGCUCUCAGCGAACCGACGUUCGGGAUCUCCUCGUCUCUUACCUGGACCAGUUCAUCCGCCUGAGUCGUCUACCCGCGCAUAAUUACGAUUCGCGAAUUACCCUGAACAGCGUGCGCAACUGUCUGGAUACCCUUGCCCUAGCGUCAGCCACCGUUAUGGCCGGUUCCGGCGAUCUAGUCGUCAUGCGCCGUUUGCGUGCUCUUCAUGGUCGCACGGAUGGAGACACACCGUUCGGGAGCCACCUCGCCGCGCAUAUGGCACUUGGUGCUUUAUUUCUCGCUGGCGGCACACGUACUUUCGGAACCUCGAAUUUAGGAAUCGCAAGUUUGUGCAUCGCCUUCUACCCGAUCUUUCCUAAUGACGUCCUCGACAAUCGCGGCCACCUUCAAGCUUUGCGGCAUUUAUGGGUACUUGCUGCCGAGGGGCGGUGUCUUGUUGCAAGGGAUGGUGACGCAGGUGGCUCUGUCUCAGGAGGCAUAACUGGUCACAUCUAUUUGAAGAAUGGUGAGACGCAGUCGAUCCGCUUGCCGGGCUUGAUACCGGAGUUCGACACCAUCAAAUCUAUAGAUAUUAAGGGUGGGGGCUUCUGGGACGGGCACCUCGAUUUCGAAGCUGGAGGGCAAACACUGAGAGAAAAGAUCAAGAACGAAAAUGCCGUUAAUGUUAUCCUCCGGCGCCGCACGGCGUACGACGAGCCCCCGAAGAAUCUUUUCACGGCGGAGUUGCAAGCCAAAGCCUGGUCGAUGGGAAUUCCAAGUGUUGACCCUAACGCUGUUCCUUCUUAUACUAGCACGGUCACAGGCAACGCUACAUCCGGAGCUGCCCCUGCCGCGAGCUUUGCCAAAACAGCGACGCAGAAUCCGUUCGAGUGGAUCUUCGAAAUCGAAUCUCUCCAGGACUUUGACCAUGCAGAACGGGCGCUGAUCCUGGGUCCCACACCUAUAGAUGGGAAGGAAAUGAGCAGAGUCACGGUCGUGGAUUCCCGACUCGAGUUUGAGAAGGGCAUUCUCCCUCCAGAAGAUGAUGCAGACCAAAGUGUUGGCGUGGAGAAGAGACAGAUGGACAAGGACAAACUGUGGCAGUUGAGAUUGUUGUUUGCCUGGUUUGAUCGAUGGGAGAGGGAGGAUCAGGAGCAUGAUCGCAGAAAGCAAACGACCGAGCGACUUGGAGAGAGUCUUGUUAGGGACACUGACGAGGGUGCAGAUUCAGAUAAGUGGUUCUCGGACCGUGGAGGGACCUGGCUGAGAAGGGAGGUAAUUGAGAGGCUGAGGUGGAGGGUGUGGAAUCUGACAACAGGAAGUCGCGGUGAGACUGACGAGGCAAGCGACGAUGACACUAACGAGAUGUUGUGA